AUGACAGAAACAAAAAAAUCUAUAACAUUAACACAUGAACAAUUAGAAGCUAUUUUAAAAACUGAUCAUAUUCGGAAACAUUUAAUUAAUGUUGGCUUAAAUACAAAUGAACAAGAACGACUACAACCAAUUAAUUAUAAUUCAACUGAUCGAAAACCUAAAAGUACAGUUAUGGCUCAGCAAAAACAAAUAACAAACAAAACACUACAUUCAACAAGCUUUUCAUCAUCAAAGCAAUCAACAUGGAUAGAAAAUGUUCGAAUACGUCAAGCAGUCAGUCCGGAGAUAAUGCCUGCUGAUAAUCGAUGUUUUAUAACAAUGAGAUAUUUUGGAGAUGAAAUUAAUAUUGAUUAUAAUCGUAGUUUAUUUAUACCUCAAGAUGAUGAAAUAAUUAUUAUGCAACAACAUUGUGGUGGAGAAAAUCUUACUAUUUUUAAAGGUCUAUUAAAACCUAAUGAUGAUUUUUCAUUUGAAUCACGACGACAUACAGAUUAUCCAUUUGCAUUAGCAUUUUAUGUCAAUGGUAUUAUUAAUAAUCGUCUAUCUGUUUGUUGUGAAUAUAGAUGUAAAAAUGAUAUGCGUAUUGGAGGAAAACGUGGUCUAUUUGCUAUUCGAGGUAUAGAAAAAUGUGCACCAUGUCGAAGAUGUCGAUUUGAAGAACGAAUGAAAAAAUUAAUGGAAGGAGAAUCAAGACCAAAAUCUAAAAGAACUCGUUAUCGAAAACCGACUAAGAGUCGUACACCAACUCGACAAUCAAGUACAUCACGUGAGAAAAUAUCAAAAUCAACUUCUUCAUCUAUUCAAAGUUCACAGAAAAAAACAUCCAAUAUAAUCAGUUCGAAAUCAAAUCAACCUAAUAAAACAGAUUCAAAAACAAAUGAAAUUGAUAAUAAAGAUCAUUCAAAAACAAAUGGAUCACCUAUAUCAAGUCCAAAACCAAUCGAAUCUAAUAAGGAAGAUUUUCAAACAAAUGAAUCAUCUAUAUCAAAUCCGAAACCAAUCGAAUCUGAUAAUCAACCUAUCAAUGCAGGAUAUUCUCAUGAGUUAUAUUCUGAAAGAUCUGAUUCUUCUGUUCCUUCUCUAAAACCAAUUCAAGUAGAUGAGAAUAAUUCAAAAACAAAUGGACUUCUUAAAAUUAGUCCAAGAACAAUCGAAAGUGAUAAUGAAGAUUCUUCCGAAACAAGUGAAUCUUCUAUACCAAAACAGAAAUCAAUUGAAAAUAAUAAUAAACAAAUUGAUUUGAAAAAAAAUACAUUUCGUAUGACAAGUCCAGUGUCAAUUAAAUCUGACACAUCAAGUUUAGAAGAACGACAUGAAUCGCCAUCACUAAGAAGAAUUCGUCCAAUGACUGCGCCAAGUCAUCAAUCAAAAACAACUACUUCACCAAAUCCUUAUGGUGAAGAUUUUGAAGAAGUAGACGAUGAAAUACAUUCACCACUUUCAACUUCUCGUGAAAAUGAACCAAUUCAAUCACCAUCAUCGGAUACAUUGAAAAUGCAACAUAAAAAAAAUAAUGAUCUUGAUCAUUCUUCUAUUAUUUCAGAUGAAAUAAAUGAAGAUUCAAAUAAUGAUGAUUAA